AUGCUGCUGGGCUUUUCUGUUAGCCCUGCAUGUCUGCCAGCGAUCCCAUGCCUUCUGGCUCGUGCUGCAGCGGCCAUGCACUCUCUUCUGCCGCAGCGCGCCGAACCGAUGCGCAUAUAUGUUCACGAUGCACUAUGGCUCCUAACUCAUGGCACCGUCUUCCCAACAAAUGUGCCAGUAUAG